AUGCCCUCCUCCGACUACAACUUGCCGACCAACAACUACAACCUGCCGCCCGACGACCGUGAGAUGUCGACCGACAACUACAACCUGCCGCCCUACAACUACAACCUGUCGACCGACAACUACAACCUGCCGACCGACAACUACAACCUGCCGUCUGACGACCGUGACAUGUCGACCGACAACUACAACUUGCCGACCAUCAACUACAACUUGCCGACCGACAACUACAACCUGCCGCCCGACGAACGUGACAUGUCGACCGACAACUACAACCUGCCGACCGACAACUAUAACUUGCCGCCCAACAACUACGACUUGCCGCACUUCAACAAAAACUUGUCGUCCGUUUACCAUGACUUGUCAGCCAUACACCACGACAUGUCGACCGUUUACCAUGACUUGUCACCACAUGAUUUGUCACCCAAAGUAGUUUGGCUAUUUUGGACGACAAGUCGUGGUGAACGGUCAACAUGUCACAGUCGUCGGUCGACAAAUAGUAGCCCUAGGCCGGUUAGGCGUUUAGGCGAACGUUGUGACAUGUCGUGGUGUACGGCUGGCAAGUCAUGGUAA